AUGACUGCGGCCCAUAAAACACUCCCCUUUGGGACUAAUGUUAAGGUGGAUUGCAAUGGAAAGAGUGUAGUCGUGAGGAUCAACGACAGGGGACCCUUCGUUGCCGGACGUAUCCUCGAUGUGAGCCAAGGGGCCGCACAGCACCUUGUCACUCUGCUCUGCCUCGUCUCUGGUGAGUCUGGUAUCUGUUCGUGGUAUGGGGUAGGACUGGAUGGUCAAUACACAGCGAGUGGUGAAAAAUAUUAUGGCAACUUAAUGACAGCCGCCCAUAAGACAUUGCCGUUUGGCACUCAUGUUAAGGCUACGUGUAAUGGCAAGUCUGUGACCGUUAAGAUCAAUGACCGGGGACCUUUUGUGGCCGGACGUAUACUGGACCUGAGCGUAGCAGCCGGUGCUGCCGUUGGUAUUAAGGACAGCGGUCUCUGUCAGUGUACUGUUGUCACCGUUUAGUCAAUAUUUUUUUGACAAUAAGCUUAUUAUUAUUAAAGUUAAAACAAUAAAUUUGUAUUGUUUUACAUUGCGAGCUCACAAUUAAAACAAUUUAAAAUAAACAAAAUCGUUGUAAAAUAAAUUCUCUACGAAUGAAUUUACUUUUGUCAAAUUUGUGAAUAAAAUCAAUUCAGAUUACAAAUAAAGAUGAUUUUACUUUUGGCCUC